AUGUACUUAUUUACUGUUGAUACAAACCCGCUCGAAUUUUGCAUCGUCUUAGGUAAUGCUAGAAAUGAGGACCGACGUCAACCAUACGCCACGGAGUUGAUUAUUCAUUUUCUAGAGUGGGGCUUUGGAAUAUGCCUAACAUUCUCUAAUGCUGAGAGUUGAUGUCUAUCGAAAAUCUGUAUUGAUAAAGAGUAUAAGGCGGUGAGAAUUCUGGAGUCUUCAUACGAUCUGAUUGUUGAUGCACUCUUUGGCUUCGGAUUCCGUCCACCACUGAGACCAGAGUUCGCCGAUGUUAUUCAGCGCAUUGCCAGCUUGAAGGUUCCUCUGGCAUCCAUCGAUGUGCCAUCUGGUGAGUGA